CAACAUUAACGCCUAAUGUACCACCAGAACUACUACAAGCUAUAAUCAAAAAUAACAACGCUAAAGAUGAUAUUAACUACAUUAAAAAUAUUGAUAGUAUAGACAAUAUAAAAGGGACAUGUAUAAUUGUUAUAAGACAGGCACGUAUGUAUAAGUGUCCGAGGUGUUGGAAUUACGCUGCUAAUAAGGAAGAAAGUUUGUGCCAGAGAUGUGAAGAAAUUUUAUCUACUAACUCUAUUGGGUAA